CCUCACGGACCAGUAACAGCGCUGCACAGGUCACUUUUCGAAUGCAUGCAUGGAUGGUAAAUAGCAGGACAUCACUUUGGUGCCAGCAACGUCCUUAGUUUAAAAUAAUUUGUUUUGAACCUUUGACGUGGCGGGUAGCAUAAUCGGCUAAUGGGGGACGUUCAUGACGUUUACCUUGUGUUGUUAGCAUGCACAGCUAACCUGUAGCAGAGUCCCAGCUGUCAUUCAGUAAUUCAAGUUCAGCUAAUGACAGCUAAGGUGAAACGCUUAAUGUAAGUUAGCACCAUGUCACAACCACAGGCAUUUGUCCCUCACUCGGCACCGGCAGGACACUUACAGAGCGAUAUAAAAGAGGCAAAGAGCAGAAGUCGGCUGGGGGUCAUCGUCACGGGGGUGCUGGGAGGGUCGUUGGUCGCCCUGUACGCGGUGGCUGCUCCGUUCGUCACCCCUGCCCUGAGGAAAGUCUGCCUCCCGUUUGUCCCGGCGACCACACACCAGGUGGAGAAUGUCCUCAGGGUGCUGCGAGCCAGGUCAGGCACCCUGGUGGACAUUGGGAGCGGAGAUGGAAGAAUAGUGAUAGCAGCAGCCAAGCAUGGCUUUCAGGCAUCAGGCUUUGAACUGAACCCCUGGCUGGUGUGGUAUUCUCGCCUCAAAGCCUGGAGAGAGGGAGUCCACCACUCAACAUCAUUCCACAUCUCUGACUUGUGGAAGGUCAGUUUUGCUCAGUACUCAAAUGUUGUCAUCUUUGGAGUCCCCCAAAUGAUGGAGCAGCUGGAGCUGAAGCUGGCCACAGAGUUACCGAAUACAGCCAAGGUGGUGGCCUGCCGCUUUCCCUUCCCCACUUGGGUUCCUGAACAUACCGAUGGGGAGGGCAUAGACACUGUGUGGGUGUACGAUGCCAAGACCUUUAAAUCACACCUGCAGCAUGGAACAUCACAGAGGACAACACCAGAGGACAAGGACAAACCAGAUUCACACACAUAAAUUCCAAAUACUUGGAUCUUGUUAAGUUGUCCUCAUUUGUUGCCAUAAUGGAAUGGUGUAUUUCUAUUUUUGGACCUGACGUGCUACAAAUGUAAAUUAUUGUUACAUCAAUAUCCAAUUUUAAGGUUGAGCCUGAAAAACGUAGGAACAAUAAAAUGCUUGAUACUGGCACUGAC